CUAUAUAUCAACGAUUCACUGCUUUAAAUGAUUUUUAAGUUCAUCUAUUCCACCAACAUGACCGUUGAUCAGAUAAAUGAAGUGAAAAAUAUACUUGCAGACUUGAGGCAAAAGUUAGAGAUACGCUAUGAGCAUAGUUCUAGGAAGCACAACGACGCGGUGGAGAAAAUGGAGGUGGACAGGUAUUUGAUCAUCGACGUCAGGCAGAAGGCUCAUUAUGACGGUUCCAAAAUUACGUUCGACAAGUGCAUCAACAUUCCACAAUCGGAACUUAAACCGGGAAAGCUGGGCUACAAGUUCGCGGACUGCUUUCACAAGGACAAGCAGUCAUUCGAUUGAUUUAAGCAUCGGUCGGCGCAGCACGUGGACGUAAUAAUUCUGGUGGACUGGAACACUACGCAGGAAACUUUGACGACCAGCACUUAUCUGAACAUACUGAAGGACAUUUUCGAGAAAUGUGAUCCCGGCACAAAGUAUAAGAAGAUCAAGAUCCUCAACGGAGGCUACCAAGAGUGGCUGAUGACGUAUCCGACGUUUACAACAAAUUCCAAUGUGGCUGUGCUCGAGUUCAACGAUGUCGCGAACGCGCAACAAUUUGAGAACCCGGACGCGCCAUGCGGACCCACCCUCCACCCUAACGCGGAAAAUUGUUUUUAUUUAUAUGCGAAAUUAAUUUAGUUUACUAUAUUGCAAAUUGUUUUUAGUUUUUGUUUAUUGGCUUUUAUUAUAUUUGUGUGUAUUGUAUCUGUGCUUACUGGCUUUAUUACACUUGCGUACACUUAUCUUAUUUCUGUUAUUACUUGUUAAUAAUAAUAUGUAUUGUAAUUUUGUUCUUUUUGCUUUUUGGUAUGUAUU